UCUAUACGUUUGCUUAUGAUUAUGUUAUUUGUGAUUUUUUACAUGGGACAUUUGGCGAUUUCAAAGGCUUAUGUUAACGUUGCCCUGAACAAACCAGCAUACCAGCAGUACCCAUACAUACCAGGUGACGACAGAUAUGAAGCAAAUAACGCUGUGGACGGACGUAAAUCUGACCUGAAGUGGAACGGUGGUCAAUGUGCUGUAUCAGCGUUAUCAACAACCGCCACCUGGUGGGUGAACCUGACCAGCAUCAACAGUAUCCAUCACAUUACUAUCUACUUCAGGACGGAAAACUCUGAUUCUUGGUAUCGGACGCACAUAGUAGGCUAUUUUCUUGGAUUCUCUGUGUAUGUCUCCAAUACCACGGAUAGAUCACAGGGAACGUUGUGUUUCAAGGACGACAACUUCACAAGAAACACAAUGCCUCCUGUCUUCACAACAAACUGUUUUGUCCGUGGACAAUAUGUCAUCUACUACAACGAGAGACUACCAGGAGUUGUCUACCCUGAUGGUUAUUAUAGUGAUUUAUGGAGCAACCUCUGUGAAGUAGAGGUGUAUGGAUGUCCAGCAACAGGGUUUUACGGAUCUAACUGCUUCAUUCCCUGUCCAGAUGUCAACUGUCAGUACUGUCACAUAGAGACGGGCACCUGUCAGGGAUGUAAACCUGGAUACCAAGGUCAUCACUGUGAAUUAGUGUGUCCCUCAGGAUCUUAUGGUGCUGCAUGCAAUCUUAAGUGUGGAAACUGUCUUGACGUAAAGCGGUGUGACCAUGUUACCGGGACAUGUUUAACUGGAUGUAGUGCUGGUUAUAUGGGGAAUUUGUGUAACACACUGUGUCCCUCAGGAUCUUAUGGUGCUGCAUGCAAUCUUAAGUGUGGAAACUGUCUUGACGUAAAGCGGUGUGACCAUGUUACCGGGACAUGUUUAACUGGAUGUAGUGCUGGUUAUAUGGGGAAUUUGUGUAACACACCCUGUCCUUUUGGGUUCUUUGGGCGAAACUGUUCGGAGAUAUGCAAGGACACCUGUCAAGGAUGUAAUAAUGUCAAUGGUUUGUGUGACUUCGGAUGUAUCCCUGGUUGGACGGGUGACCUCUGCAAUAAAGAGUGUGUAAAAGGAUCGUAUGGCACUCGCUGUAAUGAAACAUGUGGAAACUGCCGCGAUGUAAACGAGUGUUUAAAUUUCAAUGGAACUUGUUUGACCGGAUGUGAUGCUGGUUUUGAAGGAAACUUAUGUAGAACAAGGUGUGCCAGUGGUUUCUACGGCGUUGACUGCAAAGAAAUUUGUGGAAACUGUCGUGAUAUUGACCAAUGCGUUCAUACAAACGGAACAUGCUUAACUGGAUGUGCUGACGGUUAUCAGGGAGACUUGUGUAAAACACCUUGCCCACUUGGGUUUUUUGGAAAAGACUGUAUUAAGAAAUGCAAGGAAACAUGUCUAGGGUGUAUUAAUGUCAAUGGUUCGUGUGCUGCUGGGUGUCUGCCAGGCUGGGAAGGCAACUUUUGUGAUAGAGAGUGUCAUGCAGGAUUUUAUGGUGCUUCAUGCAAAAAGACAUGUGGAAACUGUCAUGAUUUAUACCAAUGUGACCGCACAAGUGGUACAUGCUUAACUGGAUGUUUGGCUGGUUAUAUGGGGAAUAUGUGUCAAACACGUUGCCAACCUGGAUUUUUUGGACGAGACUGCUCUAAAAAAUGCAUUGACACAUGCAAUGGAUGUAAUGAUGUUAAUGGUCUGUGCGCCUAUGGCUGUGUACCUGGCUGGAUAGGAUAUUUCUGCAAUAAAGAAUGUGACAAAGGAUCGUAUGGUUUUGAAUGUAAUGAAACAUGUGGACACUGUCGUGACGUAAAACAAUGCUCCAAUGUCAAUGGCUCUUGCUUGACUGGAUGUGAUGCUGGUUAUAAAGGGGACUUAUGUAAAUCACGUGAGUAUACAAACACCAAGGUACAGAAGAAAGUAGCAACUUAUUAUUAUCAAAAUAAUAUCUUAAUAAAUCAUACUGAACAAAAAAUGAGGUAA